AUGAGCUCGCAUCUGUUCGCCGCCCUCCGCGCCUCCUCGCGCCCCAUCAACAGUGCCCUCAUCUCGGAACGCACAAGACUCUCUGGCACUGCGACAGACUUUAUCUCCGCUGCGGUGAGCGCAUUGGAUCGCUCGUUUGAGCCCCUCCUCCCCCAGUACUUCCCCACCCUCCUCACGGUAUGCACGCGCGCGAACAAGGUGUUCGUCAAUCGCGGGAAGGGCUGCAUCCACGCCGUCAUUGAGUACACCCAGAGUCCCGCUAUCCUCCACUAUCUUGUCGAGGCCGUCAAGGACAAGUCUGUGUCUCUCCGACUCGCCGCUUCGGAAGCGGUUAUGCUCUGCCUCAACACCUUCAACCCGCCUGAUCUGGAGAAGGAGGCGCGCGCGAAGGAUAUCGAGGCAAUCAUCAGGGCGACUGCCGUGGAUGCGAAUGCGGACGUCCGCAAGGUGUCUCGUAAGAUAUUCGAUGCAUACAAGAUCCUACUCCCAGGCAGGGUGCAAAGGUGCGUGCCGUCCUUACGGACAUAA